AUGUCGAUUUUGAAGGGAGUUACCGUUCUCAAGAGCCAAACGGAACGGAGUAGUGCAGUGAGCGAUCAACAAAGUGACAGAAGUGGUGGACAGGUCAGGAAGAAGGUCACCACCUAUACCAAAGAGACCUACGAUCGUAAUGUGGUACGAAGUCGUACCACACCCGAUGUGGACCAUUCACCCCUGCCACAAAUGGAACCACAGAGCGACAGGCGCGAUAACGACGCUAUCAGACCCAUAAAGAAUCCCCAAGUGCACACCUACCAUGACAGCGUCGAUGAGAAACAUGUCGACAGGGGCUUCCAACGUUCAGAAAAGUCCGAGGAGCACAUGGAGAAGGAGACUCACGACAGCACCGCAAGUGAGACGACCCCAGACGGCAAAAAGAGGGUUGUGGUUUACACUCGGGAAACGUAUGAUCGUAAGAUUGAAGUGUCACGAACAACACAGAAGCCGGAAGCUGAAACCGGUGAAUCGAUGUUGCCGAAGGACAGGCCGCCGAUCUUGCCUCCGUUCCCGAACGCGCAGGUUCACACAGAAAACACGAAAGUCGACAACAAAGUGGUUGAUGGCAAGUUCGUUCGAACGGAGACGUUUACCGAGCACAUGAUGAAGGAGGACAAGAAGAAUCGGGUCGAGGCAGUUGGUCAGUGA